GACAAAACUAAGGGUGCAACAUGAAACUUAUUGGCCCAUGACCAAAGGUAGGGGUGCAGCAGAUGAAAAUUGGGGGUGCAUUUGGUAGGUGCUGGCCCAGGCCCUUUUUGCGUUUUUGUUUGUUUGCAGAAUUGGGAUGGGGGUAUAAACGAGAAUGAGAGGUGCAGUGAAGAAAAGCCAACCCAUCAGCCCGGCCCAAAGCCAACUCAUGGGGUUUCAACAACUUUUCCUCAUUCGCUUCAGAGACCCUACCUGCCUAAACCUAGGGUUCUCUUCAAAGAAAGCCAUGAAGGCUUGUCUCAACGCUGUGUGCCACCUUGACAACACCAAAAGUGUCGCCAAUGAAGCCGCGCCGCCAACCAGCCACUAACCGCGCCGCCCCCUCGAACCCGACGUCAGGCCCCACGACACUCUCUCCCCGACGCCGACGAGAUCUGCUGCUACUGGCGAGAGUAGUCGCUGCUGCCACUUGCAACCAAGGUCUCCACUGGUCACGGUUCCGAGCUCCAACAUUGGACGCUCUUCCCUAGCCAGUGCCAACGCAAGCCGCGAUGAUCGCCCCAGGUGUCGUUGCUAAUGACAGGCGGCACUUGUCCUUUCUUUCCUCAUCAUCGAUUCCACCCCUUUAAGACGCACCGCGAGACCUAAGAGAACCAUGCAAGCCCUACGACUCCGCACCAGCCUACCGCGCGGAGAGUGGCGGUGGUGGCGAAACAGAGAGAGAGCACGAGAAGGAGAGAGUCUGAAAUCCCUUAGCAGUUGGGUCUACACUAGAAUCGGAGAUGACGAUGAGAAAUGCCGCAAUCGACGUACUAAGAACGAGUGCCCAGGAAACGAUAAACACCAAUUUCCUUCUCAAACAUGGGCGAAGCUAAGAAAGUUAAUUCGUUAAGCUUGAACUCGCGUCGAGAGGAAGAAUUAUCUUUAUUCUUGUUACUGUUGUUCUCGUUAGUAGUGGUAGAGAUGGAGAUUAGGAAGUGAAUGAAUGGGCUCUUCUCUGUUUUGCUGUGAUUUUCUGUUUUUGUGAUGAGUGGAGCAAUGAUUUUUUUUUAUUGUGAAAAUUUGGUUCAGUGAUUGAAAUCAAUGGUAAGAAUGGUUAUGGCUUGAAUAUGAUUCGUGAAUAUGAGUCGUAUGUGAUGGAGGAAAUUGGUUCCAAAAAGGGUGACACUGUUGAGUUGAUAGGAAGUAAUAUGUUAGUGAGAGGUUGAUGAUGGAUGAUGGAAGAAUCGGUGGGAGAAUCUCCUUUUGCUAUGCCGAAGAAAACGAUUUCGGAGAGAGUGAUUUUGUUGAGAGAAUGGAGUGAUGGAAUGGAAGGUGAGAAAUGGUGAGGAAGAUGGCGUUGCAGCGGCAGCUUCUGUCGAGUACUUUAUCUGUGGUGCAAGUAAAGCAAAUGUCUUACAUGGAACUAUCUCAGAAAUUUUACGAUGCCUUCAAGCUGUGUGGGACUUCCCUCAAAUCCCCUCUCAUUGCUCGCAAACUUCAUGCCCAACUCAUACUCUCCGGCUUGGACGCUUCCCUUUUCUUACUCAACAAUCUACUGCACAUGUACUCCAGCUGCGCCAUGCUCGAUGAUGCUUUUCGCGUUUUUCGCCAGACCAGCCACCCCAACACUUUUACCUGGAACACCAUGCUUCAUGCUCUCGUUUAUUCCGCUCGGAUGCGCGAAGCAGAGAACUUGUUCGAUGAAAUGCCUGCAAGAAUGAGAGACUCUGUUUCUUGGACCACAAUGAUAUCUGGUUAUUGUCAGAACGGCCUCCCUGCUCACAGCAUCAAAACUUUUACGUCGAUGCUUCGGGAUUCUAAUCAUGAAAUUCAAAACUGUGACCCCUUUUCCUAUACUUGUACAAUGAAGGCUUGUGCUUGCCUUGCCUCCACUCAAUUGGCACUUCAGUUGCACGCCCAUGUAGUCAAGUUACAUUUGGGAGCCCACAAUUGCAUUCAUAACUCCCUGGUUGAUAUGUAUAUUAAGUGCGGAUUAAUCCGUUUGGCUGAGGCUGUUUUCCUUGACAUUGAAAGCCCUAGUUUGUUUUGUUGGAACAGUAUGAUUUAUGGAUAUUCGAAAUUAUAUGGACCCUUUGAAGCUCUCCGGGCGUUCAACCGAAUGCCUCAUCGUGACAAUGUUUCAUGGAACACGCUGAUAUCUGUGUUUUCUCAACACGGUCUUGGGGUCUGUUGUCUCAGUAUGUUUGUGGAGAUGUGCAGUGUGGGUUUUAGGCCCAAUUUCAUGACUUAUGGUAGUGUACUCAGUGCAUGUGCCAGCAUUUCUGAUCUAGAAUGGGGUGCCCAUUUGCAUGCUCGGAUUCUUCGAAUGGAACAUAGCCUGGAAUUAUUUUUGGGAAACGGUCUCAUAGACAUGUAUGCCAAAUGUGGACGCUUAGGACUAGCGAAACGUGUUUUUAAUGGUUUAGGGGAACGCAAUCAAGUUUCUUGGACUUGUUUGAUCGCAGGCGUGGCACAGUUUGAACUUGGCGAAGAUGCUUUGGCACUAUUUAACCAAAUGAGAUUGGAUUCUGUGGUGUUGGAUGAUUUCACUCUUGCCACAGUACUUAGGGUUUGUUCGGGUCAGAAUUAUGUUGCCUCUGGAAAACUACUUCAUGGAUAUUCAAUCAAAAGUGGGAUGGAGUCCUCUGUUCCUGUAGGGAACGCAAUCAUUACAAUGUAUGCAAAGUGUGGUGAUACUGAGAAAGCUAGCCUUGCAUUUAGAUUGAUGCCGCUUAGAGAUAUCAUCUCAUGGACAGCCAUGAUCAAUGCAUUCUCUCAAAACGGAGACAUUGACAGGGCACGCCAAUGUUUUGAAAUUAUGCCUGAGCGAAACGUCAUAACUUGGAAUUCCAUGUUAAGCACGUAUGUCCAACAUGGGUUUACAGAAGAAGGGAUAAAAUUAUAUGUUUUGAUGAUGAAAAACAAAGAAGUUAAACCGGAUUGGGUCACUUUUGCAACCUCUAUCCGGGCAUGUGCUGACUUGGCAAUUGUAAAACUUGGGACACAAGUCAUAUCUCAUGCCUUGAAGUUUGGGCUCAGUUCGGAUGUUUCUGUUGCAAAUAGUAUUGUCACUAUGUAUUCAAGAUGUGGGCAAAUCAAAGAAGCACAGCAAGUUUUUGACUCAAUACAUGUGAAAAGCCUGAUUUCCUGGAAUGCCAUGAUGGCAGCAUUUGCACAAAAUGGUUUAGGCAACAAAGUAAUUGAAACAUUUGAGGAUAUGUUGAGGACAGGGUGCAAACCUGACCAUAUAAGCUACGUUGCUGUUUUAUCUGGGUGCAGCCACAUAGGGCUUGUAGCUGAAGGGAAACAUUAUUAUGAUUCCAUGACUCAAGUGUUUGGCAUUUCUCCAACAAAUGAGCACUUUGCUUGUAUGGUAGAUCUGCUUGGUCGAGCAGGGUUACUAGACCAGGCCAAGAAUUUAAUAGAUGGAAUGCCUUUUAAUCCAAAUGCAACUGUUUGGAGUGCUCUACUAGGAGCAUGCCGAAUCCAUCAUGAUUCAAGACUAGCUGAAACAGCCGUGAAGAAGUUGAUGGAAUUAAAUGUUGAAGAUUCUGGAGGUUAUGUUCUUCUAGCAAAUAUAUACGCCGAGUCAGGGGAGUUAGAAAAUGUUGCUGAUAUGAGAAAGUUGAUGAAAGUGAAAGGAAUUAAAAAGAGUCCAGGUUGUAGCUGGAUUGAGGUUGAUAACAGGGUACAUGUGUUUACUGUAGAUUAUACCAGUCAUCCACAGAUAAAGGAGGUUUAUAUAAAACUGGAGGAGAUGAUGAAGAAAGUAGAAGAUACUGGAAGAUAUGUUAGCGUUGUCUCUUCUGCUCAUAGGAGUAAAAGGUAUCAUAGUGAAAAGCUUGCUUUUGCUUUUGGGUUGCUUAGUUUACCAUCUUGGAUGCCUAUACAUGUAAUGAAGAAUCUUCGUGUGUGCAACGAUUGUCACUUGGUAAUAAAGUUGUUGUCUUUGGUCACCUCAAGGGAGCUUAUAAUGAGAGAUCGAUAUCGAUUUCAUCAUUUCAAGGAUGGGUUUUGCUCCUGUGGAGACUAUUGGUAGUUGAGGUACACAUUAUUCUUUUCCAUACCUGCUAACCCUCCCAUUGCUUCUACUUAUACGCUUUUCCUUCUCAAAAUCUGGCAACCAUUCUUUGAAAAUAGUUUGUUCACUAUACCAAUAUUGUUAACCUUUUAUCUAAAUUAAAUAGCACUUUUGCACAUAACUGCUAGCAAUUUGACAGAACAUAAAUAUACAAAGUGCUUAACUUAUCCUGAUUGAGCGAAGAGGUAGUUAAUUCCAUAACUAUUUAACUUUCUUUCCUUAUUGUUGAA